GCAUGAAGUGAGAGAUGCGUAGAAACAGCAGCUCAUGACUGUUCGAGAGUUUUGGGUAUGAUCUUGGGUUAUUGAGUUCAUAAACAGAGUCUUUCUUUUUUUCCUCACUUGUGAAGAGGAAGGAGAGGUUAUAACUCAAACACAUGAUCAUGGUUUCUUUUAUCUUCCUUGCAUUAGUUCUUCCUAUCUUCCUCUUGUUUCUUCUCCGAAAUCACAAAACUAGAACAAAUAUUCAUUUGCCACCAGGCCCCCGAGGGCUUCCCUUCAUAGGCAACUUACAUCAAGUUGAUAACUCAUCCUUUUAUCUCUACCUAUGGAAACUUUCUCAGAAGUACGGACCUCUAAUGUCCUUGCGUAUAGGUUUUGUACCAAUCCUAGUGGUUUCCUCAGCCAAAAUAGCUAAAGAAAUAAUGAAAACCCAUGAUCUUUUAUUUUGCGGUAGGCCUUCCACGCUUAGCCAGCAGAAGUUGUCCUACAAUGGCUUAGACUUAGCCUUUGCACCUUAUGGUUCUUAUUGGAAAGAGAUAAGGAAGAUAUGUGUAAUUCAUCUCUUCAACUCUAAUAGAGUGAGAAGUUUCCGUCCCAUUAGAGAGUCUGAGGUUUCCCAUAUGCUUGGAAAGAUCUCGAAUUCAGUUGUUGCUUCCAAACCUGUAGAUUUGACUGAGGCUGUGGUGUCCCUUACAAGAAUUAUAAUUUGUAAGGUUACUUUUGGGCAGGGGUACAAGGAAGAGGGGAGUGAAGAAAGUACUAGAUUUCAAGCUUUACUUAGGGAAUUUGAAACCCUUUUCGCAAGUAUCUUUGUUUCAGACUAUUUUCCUUUCAUGGGUUUUGUUGAUAAAUUUACCGGAUUGAUCCAUCGCUUGGAAAAAAAUUUCCAAAAAUUUGACAAUUUUUAUGAUAAGAUGAUUCAAGAACACCUUGAUUCUCGUAGAUCAAAGCUUCAUGAUCAUCAAGAAGACAUUCUCGAUAUCUUGCUUCAAAUUCAGAAUGAUCCUUCUCUUAAAGUUCAUGUCACCUUCAAUCACAUCAAAGCAAUGCUAAUGGAUAUAUUUUCUGGUGGAACAAACACUAUUGCAGCUGCUGUGAUUUGGGCCAUGACAUUCCUGAUGAAGAAUCCGAUAAAAAUGAAGAAAGCUCAAGAAGAAGUCAGGCGUAUUGCAGGAAAGAAAGGUUUUAUAAAUGAAGAUGAAAUCCAAAAACUAUCUUAUCUGAAAGCAGUGGUGAAGGAGACAAUGAGAUUACAACCUACAAUUCCCAUAAUCCCAAGAGAAACAUCUCAGCAUUGCAAUUUAGAUGGUUUCCAGAUACCUCCCAAAACUGUAGUUCAUGUGAAUGUAUGGGCAAUUGGAAGAGACCCUGAAGUUUGGGAAAACCCAGAAGAGUUUUGUCCUGAGAGAUUCAUCAACAAAUCUAUUGAUUUGAAAGGGCAAAAUUUUGAGCCAAUCCCAUUUGGAGCUGGCAGAAGAAUGUGUCCUGGUAUGCUUAUGGGCCUGACAACUGUGGAGUUAGCUCUUGCUAAUUUACUUUACACAUUUGACUGGGAAUUGCCUAUUGGAAUGAGCAAUGAAGACUUGGACAUGGAAGUGCAACCAGGCCUCACCGUGCAUAAGAAAAAUGCUAUUCGCCUCAUGGCUAGGAAGUAUAUUUGAGAUGAAUAAGAGUUUUAAGUGUUACUUACAGCUAUAAUAUAUAGGUGCAUUAUGCCUUAUCUAUUUUUCUAAUUUGGUGUAAUUUAUCCUUGUGCUUAAUAUAUAUGUUUAGUAGUUUCUUUGUAAUAUGAAGUUGGAUGAUAAUUUACAAUUCAAUAAGCUUUUCACUUGUUUUAUA